CGCUGACGUCACUGCGGGCGCGCGGGGCGGAAGCGCCUCGGCGUCGCGGUGUUUACAAGCAGGCUGGUUGCCGUCGGGGCCGCGCUAAGGGCGCUCGGGCCGGAGCGGCGAAGAGGCCGCCUCAGCGCCCAUGUGCCCUCAGCCGCCCAUGGAGGUGAUGGAGGGCCCGCUCAACCUGGCUCAUCAGCAGAGCAGGAAAGCUGACCGUUUGCUGACUGCAGGGAAGUACGAAGAAGCGAUUUCUUGUCACAAAAAGGCAGCAGCAUAUCUCUUGGAUGCCAUGAAGCUGACACAAUCGGAUCAGGCCCAGCUAUCAUUGGAAUUACAAAGGGAGAGCCACCUGAAACAGAUUCUACUUAUCCAAGAGCGAUGGAAAAGAGCAAAAAGAGAAGAGAGGCUAAAGACACAGCAGGCUGUGGACAAGGAUAGUGCUUCUUCGAAGCCAUCAACUGAGGAAUUUGAUGACCAAAAUGUGGCAGCUCCUGCUAGCCUGAAGUACAGCCCCUCCCCAGAGAAGGAUGCACAGGCAAUCCACGGUGUCUUGGAUAGGGACCCCGACACACUACUGUUCCUGUUCCAGAAAAGAAAGGAGCCACUGGAAGUGUGCGUCGGAAGCAAAACCCCAAAGGAUGACAAGACAAAAAUUGAGGAGCAGGCCACCAAAAUUGCCGUUCUAGAACGGCACGUGGACUUUCUCUUAGCUGAAAACGAGAGAUUGAAGCGAGAGAACAAGCAGCUAAAAGCUGAGAGGGCCAGACUCCUGAAAUCCCCCCUAGAAAAGGAGCUAGAUGUCGAUGCCGACUUUGUAGAGAAGUCAGAGCUGUGGGGUCUGCAGCAGCAUUCGGAAACUGCUGCCGCGUCAGCCUCAACUUGGCAAUUUACGACGAAUGCUGGGAAGGCCAAGGACAUUCCGAUACCCAGCCUUCCGCCUCUGGACAUUCCGUCCCCCGAGCUCCCUCUGUUGGAGCUCUCGGAGGAUAUACUGAAAGGACUGAUGAACAGCUAAGUAGAGACCACAAUGUAUGUUCACCUGUAGCUCAGCAAAUCCAAAAAGGGAAACCCACCAGUACAGUUGUGAUUCACAGGUACAAAACACCAACUACAACCCUACUGAGGAGAAUAUCUUAGUGACUUUGUCACUGUGAAAAAUAUGCAUGCUAUUGGAUCGGUUAAACAGGGCUGACUGUUUACCAUUGUUGGUAAAAGCUAAGCUCUCUCUUCCUCCCCACCUUCAAGCCAAAUGACUGAGGGGAGACUUUCAAGCAACUUGAUCCUGCAGGGGUCUUGAGUAUGCGAUAUGUAACAUGUCUCUUUAAUGCCAUAAAUAAUGCAAAACCUAAGUGGUGUGGGCCAGAGCGUGACCAUUUUGGCAGUGGAAAAAAAAGGUUUCUAUCAUGCAUUUAAUUAAUUUAAUUAUGCAAACCAGGUCAAUAGAUUGGAUGUUGCUUCUGUUCCUCCACAGUAUGGAUCUACGUGCCACACUUUGCACUCCUGACUUAAAAAUGCUUUUCCAGCCAAUCAGGAGAGAUGCUAAAUUUACUACUACUACUUUUUUAUUUUAUUUUAAGGAACCAAAUUUUAGUUCUAUUGAAAUUUUGAUUUGUUUACAUAAUCAGGGUGCUUAAUAAUGUGCGUGUUCUGUAUAUGAAAUUAGUAGGAUCGUUUUAAACAAA